CUUUCCCGGCAGGCAAGAUGGCGGCGCCCAUGCUGAGAUGCUGCUUGAGGGCAGUAUCUGCUCACGGUCCUAGCCGUAUUUUCACCAUUAGUAAGCAUUCUGCAGUGGUACCCGGUUUUGCUAACUUACUGAUUUCCAGUAGACCCUAUGCUGCGAAGAAAGAGUCCAGUAAAAAAAAAUCCAGAAGUGGUGCAGGAAAGAAAACUUCCAAACCAGAGCCUGCCCCCAAAAAGAAACGGAACAAGCCAGGCUUGCCAUGUGGGCCGACAGAUGACGUCUAUUUGACGUGGUACUACCAGAGACCCGUUUAUGAAGCAGAAGUGGCUGUAGAUAUGCUGAAGAAGUUUCAGCAAUUGGACUUUACUGACCCCAGACAGCAUGUGUAUGCUGAUUUCACCCUGGAUAUGGCAAAGGACACGAAGAAAGCUGUGGAGCCCUUUGCUGCUGCUGUUCUUCUGCCUUACCAGUUUGUGGACGACUUCCACAAGGUUGUGGUAUUCACAGAGAAUGCAGAUGAAGCUGCUUUAGCAAAAGAACACGGAGCUGUGGCUGUAGGAGGAUCUGAAUUAGUUAAGUCUAUUUUAGGUGGUCAUCUUGAAGCAGAUUAUUACGUAACCGUGCCUUCAAUGAUACCCAAGCUUACCACUUUAAGGCCCGUAUUGAAAGACAAGUACCCGAAGUCUAAAAACGGGUCUGUUGGUUACGACAUUCCAAAGAUGCUCAACUUCUUCAGAGCGUGCUGUGAAUAUACGGUGGAACGCGAUAACUUGAUCAAGACAUGCAUCGCAACGCUGGAUAUGCCUAAUGAUCAGAUCGUUGCCAAUCUGGAUGCGAUGGUUAAGGACGUUUGUAAAUACAAACCUUUGAGCUAUGGUUCCUUUGUGACACGCUUGAUUAUUCGAAGUUCAACCAGCGAAGGUUUAGGUUUAAAGUUUGAGCGCUUUCUCCCUCAAGAAGCUAUAAAAGAAAAAGCAGAAGAGAAGGUGGAAGGAGAUGACAGGGACGACAGCGGUGACGAAGAAGAGAUGCAGCAGUCCAAAUAAUCGGAGUAUUGACAUCGCCAUUUGCUCUGUACGAAAGCCGGAAACCAGCAAUUCUGCUCCUUAUUUCAGUGGAACUUAAAAAGUUGUGCAAGAAAUAGCCCCUCUCUCUGCCUCUUCCUCUUCCUCCUCCCCCGCCUCUAGGGUAGGCUUCAUAACUCAAGAUGAGCAGUCAGCUUAAAAAAGACGCUGGUUUCCUGUCUCGUCUUAAGAAUCUGUCCCAAUGUUUGAGAUCCUAAUUGAUUAUAGAAUUGACUCCCAUAGCAUUACUCCUUCACUCAUAAAACAUCAGUUAGGCGUAGUCCUUGACGGCACAGAGCUCUUGCUAGCAACAAAAGUUCUGCUCCGGUUUGCAUUAGUGUGACGUGGCGGGAUCUGACUCCAGAUUGCAUUCCUGUGGCAAGAGAAUGUAAAAGGCUCAAGUCUCCGUUUGUUUAAUCAGCAUAAGAGUCGGUUGAAUCAUUUCCAAAUUUCUUUUUUUAAAAAGUGUAGCUGUGAGAGAAACCACCCGAUCAUCAUCUGAAGUUGCUUAUGUAUCUUUUGUGUAUUUUUUUUUAAUUAAAUUGCUCGAUUGUGGUUUUAUGGCUUUGCACAGUUGAUAAUUCCAAUCUGAGCAUAGUUAUCUUUUGUGGAGGCACUUGGGUUACGGAGUGCAUCCUGAACCCUGAGUCUCGGCAUGAACUUGUGAGACAGCUAUGCAACACCCGAAUUCGGAUUCCACCCUCAGGCCUCGGGCGAGUCACUGUUUUUCCUUCUUGGCGUUUAAUCUGUGAAAUGGGAACAAGGAGUCAUGAGAUCAAAAUAGAAGGCAAGCUCCAGCAGGUGCUAAGGGUGAGGAAUUGCUGGAUCCCUGAGGCCACUCGUCCCCCACUAAGCCCAGAGGAAGUGGAACAAAUCUUGUAGACAAAGGCAGCUUGUUGACAGCCAAUAUGGCAUGUCGGUUAAAGUGUCGGACUCAGUCACGUAGCUCGGUGGGUCCCCUUGGCCCAGUCAUUGUUUUUUAGCCGAGCCUACCUCACAGGGUUGAUGUGAGGAUAAAAUGGAGGAGGGGAGAACCGUGUAUGUUUUCCUGAGUUCUUUGGAGUGAAGGUGGGAUUAAAAAAAU